CACUAAACCCUGUCCCCCCUGAUCUCGAUUCGAUUUCCUCAGCAGUUAACCAUCGCAAAGAAACUGUUCUCCCGCCAUUUGCACGAACGAUCGAGCUCAGUUCAGUUCGCCGAGAAACGAAAUGGAGACUCCGUCGUUUGAAAACCCCAUCCGGACGAGCGUAGCGCAGCAGAGGCGGCCUUUGCCUGCCCUUCCACCGGAUCUCAUCGCCGAGAUUCUGACCUGGCUACCCGUGGUUUCGCUCCUCCGAUUCAGGUGCGUCUCCAAAUGGUUCAAAACCCUAAUUUCCAGUCCCGAUUUCGUGAAAGCACAUCUGAGAAGUAUGAAAGCUUUGUCCACUAUCAAACCGAAUCGCGUGGAUCGGGCCUUCAGGCGGUCAUUGAACUUCGUCCAGCGCCUAAUCAAACCGGAACGGCGAUUCAGCGGGGACUAUAUCCACCGCCAAAACAAACCGAGCCCUCCAGUUGUUGAUUGGGGUUCGCAUUCGUGGUCGCUCGAAUCUUUAUUCAAUGGCCCCCGAAUUGAAGUUUCCCAGCGUGUAAACGUCUGUGAAGGAGUCGACAACGGUGGCGAUUGGGUUGCUGGGUCGUGUGACGGGUUGAUAUGCUCUGUUCUCGGGUUAUACCAUGGGGUAGUGGUAUGGAACCCAUCUACUAGAGUUAUGAGGGAAUUGCCUGAUUUCGACUAUGAGAUCUCAGAGUCACAGAUGCGAAGGUGUGACAAGGUUUUUGGAUUUGGUUAUGAUCGUCAGCUUGAUGAUUACAAGGUGGUAGUAGUGAUUUCCUAUCCGUCUGAAGAUCCUAAUAGAGCUGAAGAGUUUGAAACUCAAGUUCAGGUCUUUGCUCUGAGAACUACAUCCUGGAGGAGAAUUGAGGAUUUUAAGUAUGGGGUUCCGUCGGAUGCGGAAGUAAAGUUUGCUGCCGGCUGUCUUUACUACAAAGUGCCGAGUUUUCAGGGUGAAGGGAAAGAGUGGAGGGACACUCUAGUCUCGCUUGAUCUUGCAACAGAAAAGUAUAACAAGGUGAAGCUACCUGCAUUUGAUGAUGCUGGUACUCAUUGGGAAUUAGCAUCGUUUGUUGAUCGUCUCUGUGUCGCGUGUUUUGAUGACGACGAUUCAUGUGAGGUGUGGGUGAUGAAGGAGCCUGGAGUGACGGAUGCUUGGACCAAGUUGUUCAGGGUUGAUCAGGUUGUGGUAGAUGCAGGGUUACAUGCUCCACUGUAUAUUUCGGAUAAUGGUGAGGUUCUUUGGGAUAAUGAUGAAGAUUUGUUCAUUUACAAUUCCAAGGAUAACACUAUCAGGUUUCCUACAUCGAGAGGCUUGUCCAAUCGCGAUGGUCCUCCUGUGAUCUACAUGGAGACCUUAGCUUCGCCGAACAUCGAUCAUUAGCAAAGUGGGGUAAGUAGGUGUAGGUUCACCUCGAAUAGAUCAUUCGUUAAUGAAUUUGAUCCAUACUCUAUUAUGCUAAUUUUGCAUGCAAGCUUGAUUAUCAUCCAUGCUCUGCAUUGUUUGUAGCUAUUAACUUUGCUUUCAAGCUUCAUUAUGUUACUAUAACUUCCUUUGACUCAAAACUUGUUGCCAGUUGUAGGUUCCGUUAGCAAUUAGGCUUCACUGGUUGGAAUUUCGACCACCCUGCGAGAUCACGUUGGCGGGAAAUGCUAUGCUAUCGUAGAUCGAACGGAGCAAGGUGGUUCGUGGUUCAUAUGUUUCAUUUAGAUUUGUUCGUGUGAUUGCAGCAUGUACUCUUGCUAGUAGUUGUUAAAUUAAGACAUUAUGUAUGAUAGUCAUGCACUCUUGUUAAUUAAGAACGGUUUCAUGGAGAAGUUAUUAGUCGAUUUGGAUGCAGCUUACAAAGAAAUUAUCUGAAAGAAGGCAUUUCUCUAUGGAUGAAAAUUAAACCACUUAUAUCUUGUUUUCAUGGAGACGUUUAGUCAAAAAAAAACUUCAUCCUGU